AGGACGGUAAAUGUUCAUGUGUGAAGUAGAUAUAGACAUGACAUAGAUAUAGACAGGCUUUACUGAUCGGCGAGGGAGUUUGACCACAACUGACCGAUGAUGAUGUCCACAUACUUAGUGACUGACCAGGGAGUUUUACCACAUUGGUACUGACCGAUAAUGAAGUAUUUCCUAAUCUCUAUCAUACGACAAGGAAGAUAAACACACCCUUACAUAGCUACUGACCAACGAUGAGGUUUACACACACGUUUACUAACAUUUGACCAUACCUUUAUUGACCGAUGAAGAAGUGUGCCGAUAUUUGCCGACGUAACAGUUUUUCUGCAACUCCACAUCUUCGCAAAACAGCUUACUGGUAGACUAAGAAAAUCCGAAAAUUAAUUCUGGCAGCAGGAAUCCGGAUGACAUGGCUGAAGCUUUGACCGACGACCAAACAGCCGCUCUUCGAGAGGCUUUUAACAAGUUUGACAUGGACGGGAACGGUUCUAUUACGGUGGAUGAGCUAGGACUGGCCAUGAGGUCCAUCGGAGAAAACCCCUCUACAAAGGAAAUCCGACAACUCAUGGAGGCGGCUGAUCUUAACCGAAAUGGCACAAUCGAGUUUGAGGAAUUUGUGGAAAUGGUUGCCGACAGAUUAAAAGACUUUGAUGUAAUAUCAGAAAUGAAAGAAGCUUUUGAGGUAUUUGAUCAAGAUAAUGACGGGUUCUUAAAUAAAGAGGAUAUCCGAAGGGCGAUGGCGGGGCUGGGCGUGUCUUUAACAGAACCGGAAGUGACGCAGAUGAUGGAGGUGGCGGAUAGCGACAAAGACGGCAGACUCAAUUACAAAGAAUUUGUGGCAAUGUUAACGAGAGGAGACCAGUUCAAAGCCGACAACAUCCUCCUGUCGUUGAAGCGGUCUCUAACAAUCUAAACAUGUCAUUGAAGCCAUCUCUAACAAUAUAAACUUAUCUUUGAAGCUGUCUCUAACAGGAUAAACAUGUCUUUGAAGCCGUCUCUAACAAUCUAAACAUGUCUUUGAAGCCGUCUCUAACAAUAAAAACAUAUCUUUGAAGCCAUCUCUAACAAUAUAAACUUAUCUAUGAAGCUGUCUCUAACAGUAUAAACAUAUCUUUGAAGCUGUCUCUAACAAUAUAAACAUGUCUUGGAAGCCGUCUCUAACAAUAUAAACAUAUCUUUGA